AUGGGGCUGCUCUGGGUGCCCCUCCUGUUGGUGGCUUCUUGCGUUUCUGCUGACCAUAGCUUGCUGGAGAACGACGACGAAGUUUCCAGUAUCAACAUAACCCAGCCCUUGCGCAUCGUGGAGGAAGGCAAUCUGAUGGUGCUCACACCUGCAGGCCUGGACCAGAUGUUGAAAGAGACCCGCUUCCUCAUGGUGCUCUUCCAUAACGCAUCCUCAAAGCAGUCCAGGAACUUGGCUGAGGAGCUGGGCAAAGCUGUCGAUGUCAUGGGCAAAGGCAAGAACGGGGUUGGCUUUGGCAAAGUGGACAUCACCGUGGAGAAGGAGCUUCAGCAGGAGUUUGGUGUGAAGAAGGCGCCGUCGCUGAAGCUGUUUUUUGAGGGCAACAGAUCAGAGCCCAUCACUUGCAAAGGAGUGGUUGAAUCUACUGCCUUGGUCGUUUGGUUGAGAAGACAGAUUAGUCAGAAAGCAUUUCUGUUCAACAACAGCCAACAGGUGGCAGAAUUUGUGACUUCCAGACCUUUGGUCAUCAUUGGCUUCUUUCAGGAUUUGGAAGAGGAAGUGGCAGAUCUGUUCUAUGACGUGAUCAAAAACUACCCAGAGAUAACAUUUGGUGUGAUAACAAUCAAAAACACCAUGGGCCGCUUCCAUGUCGUCCUGGACAGUGUCUUGGUAUUCAAAAAGGGGAAAAUUGUGAAACGCCAAGAGCUUAUUAAUGACAAUACCAACAAAUUUGACCUCAAUCAAGUCAUUAAGCAGCAAAUUACAGAUCUGGUCAUUGAAUAUAAUACCGAGAAUAAGGACUUGAUCUACGAGCUGCAUGUCUUGAAUCACAUGUUGCUGUUUGCCUCCAGAAGCUCUGAGUCAUUUGGUGUCAUAAUGCAGCAUUAUAGGCAUACGUCGAAGGAAUUCCAGAACAAGAUCCUGUUCAUCCUUGUGGAUUCUGAUGAACCUAGAAACAGACGUGUACUAGACUACUUCCAAGUCUUAGAAGGCCACCUCCCGUGUGUGCAAAUCCUCAACUUAACCUCAGAUGUUAGAUACAAAAUGCCUUCAGAUGAUAUAACCUACCAAAACCUCAAGAAAUUUGGACGCAACUUCCUGAGCAAAAAUGCCAAGAGGCAUCAACCCAGUGAAGAGAUUCCAAAAUACUGGGACCAAGGGCCGGUUAAGCAACUGGUGGGGAAGAACUUCAACUUAGUUGUCUUUGACAAAGAAAGGGACGUAUUUGUGAUGUUCUAUGCCCCUUGGUCGGAGAAGUGCCAGGUGCUGUUUCCGCUGUUGGAGGAGCUGGGCAUCAAAUAUCAAAAUCACUCUACCAUCACCAUUGCCAAGAUUGACAUUACAGCCAAUGACAUUGAGCCAGUGUUCAAGGACCGCUAUCCCUUCUUCAGGCUUUUCCCCACUGACUCUGAACAAGCUGUUAAGUACGAUGGCGAGCACACCGUGAAAGGCUUCUCUGGCUUCCUGGAAAGCCACAUCAAAAUCAGGAUGGAGAAAGAAGGGGAAGAGGAGAUCUUGUCAGUUGAUCAAAAUAGAGUGAUAGAAGAUGAGGUGUUGGUCGAGGAUGUGGAGGUACCUUUGGUGGAGACAGAGUUACCUGAGCAACUUGAACUGCAGAAUAUGAUCACAUUGGAAGAGCCAGCUGGACAGAAGGAAACAAGUGAGGCAGAGAAGGAAGUGGCCAUGCCUGAGGAACCACCAAGCCAGGAGAAGAAACCAUCAAUCAAGGAAGAACUUUAAUAUCUCCAAAGCUAUGAGGGCAGGUGCCCAGAGUGGAUCGACUCCAGCGAAAAGUAUUUGUCAUUGUGGUGGGAUGGGAGGGGGCUGGAUAAUAAAAACCCUUAAAUGUC